AGGAUUGGACGUACGGUUUACCCCCACACUAUUGGGCCCACUCGCAGGCUAUAUAGAAGACCCCGCACGGAAUUUCAUCUUCAGAACUGAGAGUCAGUGUCAAGGAAAUCUACCUGGUAAUAUCAAAAAUGCAGUACAAAAAAUUGAUAGCAAUAUGCCUAAUUGGUUUGACCUUGGGUCAAGCUGCAACAGUACCACAAUAUCCGGUAUACGAGCCAAAAAGUAUAAGUGAACAAUCACAAGAAAGAAUGUCUAGUGAACGUAAAUAUGCUGAAAAACCAAAUGCAUCUAAAAAAGUUGGUCACGAGGAUCUUGAGGAUGUAUCAUCAAAUCAAAUUCAGGACACUGUUGGAGCUGGUUUUUCAUGGUCUAAUAUUGUUGGAAUGUUGAUGCAAAUGUUGCUGGGUCAGGGAGCAGCUGGUAUUGCUGGACCAAGUAAAAAUGACAUUGAAGAUGGUACACCAUCAGCAAGUCCAUGGUCAAAUCUAUUAACUGUUGGUCUUAAAGUAUUAUCAGCAAUUCUUGGUGGUAAUCAACAAUCAGUUGAUGGAAUUGACAAAGUCGACAAUCAAAGUAGUCCCAUGCAGGGAGUUGUGACAGCGGUACUGGGUGCCGUUCUAGGACCAGGAAGAAAUCCUGAGGUGAUAACAAUGGCCAAACAAGCCACCGAGUUUAUAAAUAUUGUGGUGAAUCUUUUGGAUGCUUUGAAAACAUCAUUUUCACAUCGUUCAAUGUCAGCUCGUUCACUUGGUAAACGUGAUACCAUGUCAGAGGCUGCUGUUGCAUCAAUUUCCAUGCUCAAGGGCUACAUGAGAUCAAUGAAAUCCUACAGUAUGGAAGGUGAAUCAGAUGAUGAAAGUCGAUUGGGAUGUAUGGAACGUGCACUUUGUGAAGCAAGCGCUGAAUGUGUUGCUACUAUCAAUGGAAAAUCAACAAUUUUCUGUCAACUUGGAUCAUAUGCAACGAGUUACUUGCUUCAAAGACAAAGUGGAAUUGGUUUUGAGGCACUUAAUGAAGCUGGUAGAAGUGGACGUUCAGGAAAAGACUGUCGCCAACUUUUCACAUCAUGCAAUGCAAUUUAAUUUAACAAUACUUGACAAAAGAAUUACAAAAUAACAAAUCAUUUCAUUAGUUAAAAUUUACUAAUCACAGCUUUGUGAGUCCAUCAAAUUUAAAAUUCACCGUAAUUUAUUCACAAGAACAAAAAAAGUAUAACAAAGACUUUGUUGGAUCGUUAAAAAUUCAAGCAAACAAUUGUGAUGGACGUAAUAAUUUUAUAAAUUUUCAUUCAGCACAAAAAAAAACAUAAUGAGAAUCUUGCAACAAAAAGAAACGAAAUACUAAAAAAAAAAAAAAUGCUUGAGUACAUUUAGACUUGACAAACCUCGAAGCUUAGUUAAAUUCAUAACUAUUAUUUUUUUUUAUUUAUUUAUUUUUAUUAUUUUCAAUGAGUUUAACUAAGCCUCGAUGAUAAUUAUCAAAAAGACAAAUAUUUAUUUAUUAUUAAUUUUAAAUUAAAUUGCGCAUGUGAGACAGAUUAUUAUCAUACCAAAAUGGAAUUUAAUAAUCAAGACUUAAUUUUUUUUUCAUCAUCAUCAUCAUCGUAAAUUUAUCUAUUGUUUAAUUAUUAUUUAUUUAAUAAAGUUAAAAAAAAAUAUUCCGUUAUUUGCGUGGUAUUGUAAUUUUUAAAUGGCAUCAAGGAAAAGAACAAAAAAAAAUUAAAGGAAUUAAGAUUUUUAUAAAGAGAUCGGGAGGAAGACGAGCUUAGAGUUGUUG